AUGCUUGCUGUCGAUACUCAUUCUCGAUUGUAUUGUGUUCAUUAUGUAUCAUCAAAUAUUGAUUGUCUAGAUUGUCGUUUAACUGAAAAAGACUACAUAAAUCGACCACUCCAUGCUCUUUUAUAUGUUCUUCUACCGAAUUUAUCUACUGUACUUGAUAAUUCACAGCACAAAUUACCUAAUACAUUUUAUGUACCAUUCAAUGAGAAAAACAAUAAUUUUACCAGAUCUUCGCUAUUAGAUGAUUGUGUCGAAAUAAAGACAAAGAAUGGCAUUGUUCGAAUACCUCGAUCAACACUUGUUCAUCGAUCUCCAUUUCUUGGUGAUUUUCAAAAACAUGUACAUCGUUUUACACGUAAUUUUAGUUGGAAAACUAAACCAGAAGAACCACCAUUUUCACAAAUGCAACCAUUACCAAAACUUAUUAAACAACCGGCUUAUGUAGAAAUGUGUUGUAAAAAUGAUGCAUACAAAAUACUUAAUACACUCAUUGUUUAUAAUGAGAAAAUUAUUGAUCCUGAAGUUCUAUUACCACUUGAUGCUGAAUUACUCUAUUAUUCAAUACAAUCAACAAAACGUCAACAAGAAAAACAAUAA